AUGUUUCCAAAUAUAGUCAAAGAUUAUCGUGUAGUUCCAUGGUAUAAUAGUCAGGAAUUCUUUGAAAUAUAUCAACUUUUGGUACACCCAUCAGCAAGAAGUAAAAAUAUAGUUUUAAAUAGACUAACAAUUUGGCAAGAUCGUAAUUAUGGCACAACAAGACAGACUCCAAUAGCUAUAGCAUGCACGAUCUAUUUGUUACAUUCUAUGAUACAAGAUAAUAUUUGGGAUUGGCCAUUAAUAUCGGAAUUAUUACUCAAUGAUAGUAUUGGUAAGAUAAAAUUAGCAGAUCUCUUAUCAACUGUUACUUUUGAAACAUAUACUUGCUCUAAUAUUAAUCAAAACUGCUUAGAUAAGGAUACAAGAUCACUAAAAAUUGUCGAUAUAUUGUCAUUACAAGAACUUUACUCUAUGGCUAUAGUUAGAAUUAUAAAUAUGUAUGUAGAUCAAUGCCAGUUAAGUUACUAUGCUAGAUCUGUGAGUUCAAUAGCAAGUGAACUAGGACUGCCUAAUUUAUUGGUGGAAAUAAGACAUCAAGCAACUCAUGGAAGUGAGUUACCUUCUUUAGAAUCAUGUCGCACUGGUGCGAUUUUAGUCUUGUCAUUUCUAUUCAAAAAUUAUUGGAGAAAACAGUAUAACAAAUUAUUUAGAAAUCAAGUAACUUCAAGUGUUGAGUUGGAAGUAUCUAAGUUACUGCACGAACUACUUAAUUUAAUACGCUCAUUACCGUUUGAUCAUUCUAAUCCUUUGAAGCUUACUAUUGAAAAGGGAAAAUCAAAAAUUGAUGAAACAGGGGAGAUUCCAAAUGAAUCUUUUAGACUAGUAGAAAAUUACGACUUUUAUUGUCACUCAGUAUUAUCAAAGGUAAUUCAACAAACUGUUGCAAAAAGAAAUCCUACAAGAAAGGUUAUUUUGAAGUAUUGUCGUAAUGAGUUAACAAAAGGACUAAAUAAAAGUAGAAAAAAAGAACUUAUAAAUACUAUAUAUACCUUAACAAAACUAAAGCAUGAUAAUAAAUCUAUUUUUAAAGUCACUCCAAAUGCUAAAACUUGGAUAAGACUCUUUUUUUUAUAUUUAACAGACCUUUAUUCGCUGAUUAACAAAAUAAUAUCUGUAAUGAAGAUCAAUGAUUUAGCAUACCACCUUGUUGAGAAAUUCAUAAUACAAGAUAUAUUACCAACGAUUUGUCCAUUAUGCUAUCCUGUAUCUUCUAUUUCCAUCUUGAUUUUGUUGGGUUACACAAGCAACAAUACUAUGUUGAAGAUAUUAUCAGGUUUACUUUUAUCAAUGAAUAAUACAGAUAUAUUAACUAAAUAUCCUGUAAAUUCUAAUGAACAAAAAGAAGAAUGUUUUGUAAAUACUAGUAUUUGUCCGUAUGGGACAAGUAAUAAAAUUAAUACCAAUAGAAGAUUCUUUUAUUGGUUAACAAAAUUACUGCCAUUUAAAUAUAGUCAAAAAGCCAAAGGUGAAUUUCUAGAUGUCAUGUUACUUCUUUCAUAUUACAAACAGCUACAAACUAAGAAAAGGAAUAUUUGUAAUAUUAAUAAUAUUAUAGAUCAGAUUAAUGUAACAAGGAAGACCAUGGUAAUUCUCUUUAAAGGUUUAUUUCCAUAUAUUCCAAGCAUACUAUUUCAAGAAAAGGAGAUAAAUAACACUGAAGAUAGUAAGGAUUGUUUAUCAUCAUUCUCAAAUAUGAGUAUGCCUAAUUAUAUUGAAAAUGAUAUUCAAAUUAGUCUUUGUCAUCUGAUGAAUAAGUUAGAUAUAUAUCCAGAAACUGCAAAUUUAAUUGAAUAUUUUAUACAAAAUCCCAAUUUGGAUGGUAUUGAUGAUGAAUUAACAAGUAAGUACUGUGAAGUUGUAUUAAAAAAUCAAGAGAAACAAAAGUUCAGCAAAGUGUCCAGAAAUUGCAUAUCUUCAUUAUUAGAUGUUGGUACUAGUUGGGAUCCUACUAACUGGACUAUUUCUGACCAUUUACCUAAAGCUAAUAUUCUCUUAGCUGAUAUUGAGGAAGUUAAGUGUGAUAAAUAUGACAAUUCAGAGCAAUAUGAGGAUCUAGGAAACUUAACUGAAGACUCAGAAUCUAUAUUUUCAUGUGAAGAUGAAACAUUACCUAAUAACCGAGGUAAUUCAUUGGGUUUAUCUUCAAACUUUGAUAAUAAUUCAAAAAGUGUUGGUAUUAUUCCUAUGUAUAGUGGCUCAGGUGGAAAUUUUCGUGCAAAUGAAAAUAUUCCAACUGCUCUUAUUGAAGCAGAAUCAUAUUGGAGAAAAAACUUCGGAAUUAGUGAAGGUUUAUUCGAAAAAGCUAACAAUAUAAAUUGGAUGGAUGUUCAAAUUUUGAAAUAG